AGAACAGAACCCCCACCGAGAAACAAAAACCAUUUCCUAUAAUCUUAUCUGAGGUUUCAGCCGACACUGUCUGCAAUCUCUGACUCCCAAAUCAUCCUUUUCCCAUGAAACCCUCUUCCUCUUCCAAUUCAACUUCAACCACCGUCACCUACACCUACCACAAUGACCACUCUGCCCCUCCUCAAAACAGCAAUUCCACAAAACUCCCUUCCCCAUCUCAAUCCAACGCCGCAAUCACCAUCCAAUCCACCUACCGUGCACACAGGAUCCGCACCCUCUACCGCAUAAUCGCCACCGUCGAUUCCGAAGCCGAUCACCUACAGCGCCUGAUCCAGCGGCAGGACACGGUGGACGCCGUGCGCACCAACCAACUGGAGAAGGUGAGAAUAAACGAGGCGCUGAUGGGUCUGUUGCUGAAGCUUGAUUCGGUGCCAGGGAUUGAUCCAACGGUGAGGGAAGGCCGAAGAAAGGUAGCCCGUAGGAUCGUGGGGCUGCAGGAGAUACUGGACUCUGUUUCAGAAGCUAAGGUUGAUGAAUGCAAUUGGUGGUCCAUCAGAAAUUGGGAUGAUGUGGAUGAAAAUGUUUGUAGGGAGAAAGGUAGCAAUGAGUUGGAAAGGUUUUGUGCUCAAUAUCUAGGCUUUCCCUGCUUACAAAGGACCUUGAACUGCCAUCCCACAAGCACCGAGCCAUGCAGUGUAGGAUUGACAUGCAAGAUGGACAAGCGUUUUUCAUCUGGUUUACUAUGCAGUCUUUGCAACCUCUGCCAUCUGCGGGUGUGCAACCCAGUGUAGGUGAAGCCACCACCAUCAUAAUCAGCAACAAUGCUUGUACUUGAGCUGCCAUUAUGUGCUUCUUCGCCUUCAUUUCAACCACCACAGUAUUUUUGUUUGUAGAAAUGCUCUUAACAAAAUACUACUUCUUCAUAUAUAAAACUGUGGCACACAUUAAGAUACACACAUAAGGCAUCGGAAGUGAGGAAGCAUUUAAUUUCUC